AUGGAUAUGGGGAUGCGCCAAUCCUGUAUGUAUAUACGCAUACCCAGCUGCACCUCCUACCAAUACGUUCGCCCCAUUGCACUUUGGAUUUUAGGUAUUGGUGCUUCCGCAUCCCUCCUCUCUAGAUCAUCGCUCCUCUACGACCAUGAAGUGGCCCUGACGGCAGCAAAUUCUGUAACUAAUUACCUUCAGAUAGACCCUAAUGCCACCUAUAUAAGAGUAACCAGUGCCAAGAAGGAUAGUUUGGGUUUUUGGGCCAGGUCAACAUUACAGCUUAUAACCACUAAUAAUACAAUCGAUAUAAAAACUACACUAAAAUGCGAUACUUUUAGUGAAAAUCAAUUUAACCUCAUAAAUUAUGUAAAAGAGCCCUUUCUAAUCAAACGCCAUUUGAAGCAACUUUUUGGACUAUAUAAUAAGCAUAGCAAACAAAUUGGCCCAAUAAUAGAUUGUGAUAAAAGAUGGAAACUAGUAGAACUUGUAACUGACACUGAUUUUAAAAUGAGAAAUAAUGAUAUAAAUUUGGAUAAGCUUAAAGACCUACAAUUAUCACAGAUGGAAGAUGUUGCCGAUAAAAACAUUCAAAGUACCAGUAGAAUAUAUUCACUAUUGUUUGCAAUGACCGCAUCAAUCAUAGCUUCAGCUAUAUCUCUACUAAAACUCACGAUUUCAUAUCGUAGUACUAAGGAAUGUAUUAAAUUUGUAAACAAAGUGGCGAUUAAUUUUCAUAAAAAACAGACUUGUACUGUGAAACGGAAUGAAGGGGUUGUGAAAUCCAAUUAUUUCGAUGGAAAAGUAUAUCUUUCAGACAACACAUGUCUCAAAAUUGUUGCUUGUCGGCCAAAUGAGUUCAGCCACUUUACAACUCAUGUAUGCAAGUAUGAGGAUUCUAAUUUGCGCCGUAUAUGUUAA